AUGGAGUGCCACAGGGUGGUAAUGGACCAUCUAACAUGGCAGAUUGGGGAUGAGACAAAAGCCAAAUUCUGGGAGGAUUCUUGGGCAGGCCACCCUGCAAUAAGAGAGUUGGGUGAAUUCUCAGAGGCAAAGGAUCCGUUGGUGCAUUUAUGGGGAGACAAGGUAAAGGAUUACAUGCAUAACACGGAGGGAGAUUUAGGUAAGGAAUGGCUAGGGAAGGAUCUUUCGACAAUAGGUCUGUCGAUUCAGGAGCAACAGAGGCUUAGGAACGUUCUGGAGCAGAGGAAGAUUUUCCUCAUAGGCAAAGAGGAUAAAGUGAUCUGGCGUGGUGCAAGGGAUGGCAAAUAUUCAGUGAAAUUGGGCUACCAGCUUAUGGAAGGGGAAAAAAGAAAAAGGCUCGACUUUGUGGGCCCAUCUAAGUGUGUGAUGUGCAAUCAGUCGGAAGAGUCCAUUGAUCAUUUGCUUUUAACCUGUGAAGUUGUACAGAGGUGCUGGUCUGAACUCCAAAGGAGUUUAAAAUGGCAGGGACUGUUACAAUGCUCACUAAAAGAGGUUUUUGAGAGCUGGCCCAGGCAAUCAAGGAGGUCGACCCUCUCAUGUGUUUGGAAAAUAAGCCCUUCUAUAGUAAUAUGGGAGAUAUGGAAAGAACGCAAUAGAAGAAUUUUUCAGGAUAAGAUUGAGGAUGAGAGACAGUUGUUGUCAAGAAUUAAUAGGGUUAUUGAAGAGGUGGUAAGCUCAGCGGCUUCCCAAACUUUCUCACUAUCCACCCCCUUCACCUCAAUGGAUAGAAACAUACACAAAGCUUGGCUAGGAAUCAAAAUAAGACAUGGAUCAACGACAAAUAGUAAGCGAAAGAGUAAUAAAACACUGGAAGCCCAAUGGAAACCACCAGAGAAGGGUUGGUUUAAAGUUAAUUUUGAUGGAGCAGUGCAACAAUCUGGUAGACUAGCAGAGGCUGGAUUUGCAAUGUGGGACGACAAUGGAGAGCUAAUUAAAUAUGGAGCCAAAAGUCUUCGGAAGAGCACAAAUAAUGAGGCUGAAGUCCAAGCAACCCUUCUGGGGAUAAGAUUAGCAAAAAGAGAAGGCAUUCAAAAUCUCCAUCUAGAAGGGGAUUCUUUAAUUAUAAUUCAAGCUAUUAUGAAUGGAGAGAUAAAUGCAUGGCAUCUUGAAGGUUUCAUAGCAGUAAUCAUAGAAGAGUUAAUUUUUUUUGAAAAUUUUAAAAUCAGCCACAUUAGAAGGGUAGGUAAUCAGACUGCGGACAAAUUGUCCAAAUGGGCUUUGUCAUUCGAUUCGGAAGGUGAAUUAAAAUUGGAUGACAUCCAGGGUAUAUUACCUCUGGGCGAUGUGACAUGGCAAUUAUUGGAUGUUUGGUGUGGGAGGUGUGACGACAGGCAGAUGAUGUCAUCUAUAAGCAUGGCGCCUUGUGCGGAAACGAUGGCUUGA